AGAAGUUCAGCGCACAUUGGAGUAGAUCUGAAAGUGAGCGCCGCUGUUUGUAUGUGAGGUUGGGCGCCUGUGAGUGUCCAGACGUCUGGUCGGUGGUCCGGGGCCACUGGGUUCACGGCCGGCACCAUGAUGUGGAGCGCGGCCGGAGUAGAGACGGAGAUUGACCUGGGGGACGAGGGCGACAGCGAGGACAGUGAGGAUCAGCAGCCGUGGAAGACGCAGCUGGCGACGGUGAUGGAGGAAGAGGAGGAGGAAGAUGAGGUGUCAACGCAGAGCGACACCAGGCCACUGCUCAACGAGAGAGACCCCCGGCAGAUUAAUGAAUGCCUGAAGGUGAGUUUUGAGGACGUGAUAGCGGAGCCGGAGGCGGUGCGGAGUGGAGAUCGGGUGUGGAUCUGGAGUCACGCGCUCUUCGAGGUGUCCCGGGUCUGGUUCUACCGCAUCAUCACCGCACUGCUGGCCGUGCCCGUCUCCGUCAUCGCUGGAAUUCUCUUUGCUGUCCUCAGCUGCCUCCACAUCUGGCUGUUCUCUCCAUGUGUGAAGGUGAUCUUCAUUAACACUGGCUGGCUGGAGACUCUAUGGAGCAGCGUUUUGGACAUCAUCAUCCUCCCUUUCUUCCAAAGUGUGGCCAAGUGCUGUAGAGGCAUCAGCGUGCAGCUCACGCGCCAGUGAGGACGAUUCAUCAGGACUAUG